AUGGUCCUACGCUCGAAGAGGAAAACAGCAACUCUGACUCAGAGGAAGAGGAUCAAGCAAUGGAUCCCAGGGGCGUCGACUGAGGAUGCAGAAGUCCACCAGGAUGAUCCUCACUUCCAGGAUUGGUUGCCAGCUCACAUGGGAGUUUCCUCGAAGAGAUGUUUCUGGAUGAACACCCUAGGCAGUUUGGGUUCUCAUGUGCUCGGUGUCAAACUUCUGCAGCGGAAGUCACCCUCUACCGAUGUGCCUCCUGCAACGAACGUUUCAUGUACUGCGACGAGUGAAUGGACUGGAACUUUCUUCAAGAGGACCACACUUGGAGUGCUGGGUCUGGUGAUGGCCUUGGGUCAUGACCCGGACACUUGCUGUCCCACUCCACUUCGUGGCCAAUUGCAUGUUCUGGAUCUUGAAGGAAUUCAAACCGUACAUGUCGACUACUGCGAUUGUAUGCAAUCUCUCCCUCAUGGCGAUGACAUUUCAGAUGCUGGAAGUAUUCCACCUGCUGUCGUUUAUGUUGAAAGAACGUGUCAACCUCCAAGUCAGUUCCAGGCAUUCAUGAGGAUGGUUCGUGAAUGGCGCUAUCUGAAGCUCCUCAAGCGUAUGCUAGACAAAUCUCCACGCGAUUUGAAAGGCUUGACACCUGGGAAGCUGCCGAUUCCAGUGGGAUCAUUGGCAGUGAAAUGCCCGGCUUGUCCUUGGCCUGGGAUUAACCUGGAGGAGGGUUGGGAAAAUGAUACCAUGAAUCUGUGGAAAUACAUCUCAAACGCAGCACGAGAUCCAAGCCUUGUCAAUGGAGCUGGUUUUGUUGUUGCACAGGAAAGCUUUAGGAAGCAUGUUGCAGAAUACGGCAAGUGCAUACCAUAUGACCCUAGUGAUUGUAGAGACCACCAGGCCGUCAAACUGGUGACUUCCAAACAUGGUGCUGGCUUGGCAAUGAGCAGGGUUGCGACAGUGGAUUGUGCUCGGCAUGAUGCGAAGGGACCUGGAGCGGUGACAAUACUUGACCACAGUGAAGAACAAGUCUGGAUGGAUUAUAUAUUUUGCUCCCGAAUGCAACAGUCAACACUGCAGCACAUUGUGGUUUCAUACGAUAUCAAUUGCCAGUGGUCUAAAAAACUGUGGGAACGAAUUGCAAUCUAUCCGUCUUCGAUGACACCACAUCAAGACCCCGGCGAUUUUGUCUAUCUAAUUCCGAAGUUUCAUCUCCCAGCCCAUAUACCCAGCUGCCAUGUGAAGUAUUCCUUCAACAAGACACCCUAUGUAGGGCUGACCAAUAGAGAGGCCCCCGAACAUGGCUGGAGUAGACUGAACCAGCUUGCUGCCAGUUUGAAGGUUAUGGGACCGGGAGGAUAUCUCGACACCCUGGACAACCAUAUCGGCGACUACAAUUAUAGGAAGUCAGCGUUGAUGGGCUCCACUCUGUUGAAAGGGAUCCUGGAGGCCAUCCCAGCCAGAACCUUGCAUAGCGCUGUCUACGCUGAGUUCACUGCAUCUCUACCCAAGCAAGAUGUUCAAUGUUGGAGUGAGGCUAUUGAGGCAUGGGAGCGAGAUCCAGUCAAUGCUGUCAAUCCAUUUGAAACCACUGUCGCUUUCCAUCUUACCCUCGCCCAAGAGGAAGCCACGGAAAUAGCAAAGAUCGCUGCCCAUGAGAUCCAGGAGCACGACAAGGGAGCCCAGGAAGUGAAUGAGGACAUGGCUGAGAGCACAGCUAAGAGCGCAGAUUUCACUGAGGAAAAUAGUGAGGAUAUCUUUGUGGUGCGCCAUGAAGUCAGGCCGAGCACAAUGAUCCUGCAAGGUGUUGAGUUGGAAUCCGAUCAGUGA